AUGUCGCUCGCAAAGCUCUUUUCGUCCGGCCUCUUGUUCGCCUCCCUCGCCGCCUCCAAGUGGAUUGUUCCCGGUGGCAGAUGGCGUGACAAUGAGGGGAAUCUCGUCAACGCCCACGCCGGCGGUGUCACGCUCGACAAGGAAACGGGCAAGUUCUUCUGGUUCGGCGAGUACAAGAUCGAGGGCCAGGAGGAAGGCGGCGGCGUCUCCGUCUACAGCUCCGAUGACCUCGCGACGUGGGAGUUCCAAGGCAAGGCGCUCGAGCCUAUCGAAGGCCACCCGUACAUCUCGACCAACAUGAUUAUCCAGCGCCCUAAGGUCGUUUACAGCGAGCCCACCAAAGAGUAUCAUAUGUGGUGGCACGCCGACAACUCGACGUACGGCCUCCUCCUGCAAGGCCUGGCCACCUCGCCCAACAUCUCUGGCCCCUACACCUUUGUCGACGCCACAGCCCCCCUCGGCAACUGGUCUCAAGACUUUGGCAUCUUCACCGACUACAAAGACGGCCGCUCCUACUCGUUGUACUCUAACGGCGACCGCCGCGAGGGUCGCGACGUCUACAUCUCGGCCUUCAACGAAGACAUCACAAAUGUGACCGAGGUCGUCCAUCGUUUCGACAAGUACGACCUCGAGGCCCCGACCAUCAUCCAGACCGACAAGAGCUACUACGCCCUCAUGUCCCACAAGACGGGCUACCGCCCCAACAACGUGGUCGCCUUCCGCGCCGACUCCCUCGCUGGCCCCUGGUCCCAGCCCUUUUUUGUUUCUGACGCCUACACCCGCACGUACAACUCCCAGUCCGGCUUCUCUCUCAAGAUCGAGGGCUCUGAGGUUACGACAUACCUCUACCUCGGCGACCAGUGGGACUCCAACUCCCUCUGGGAGAGCCGCUACAUCUGGCUCCCGCUCGUCAUCGACGACGAAAAGAAGUCGGUCCACGUAGAAUGGCACGACGUCUACGAUCUCGACGUCAAGACGGGCAUCGUCACCCCCAUUGAAGGCACACCUUACUACGCCCACGACUCCGCCACCACGGCCGGCGCAGCCUUCAAGCAGGAAGCCACCUUUGCCAGCGGCGGCUCCAUCGUGACGGGCAUCUACGGCAACGACAGCACCGUUACCUUCACCGGCAUCCAGGGCGCCGGCGAGCCGCAGUGGGUGUCGUUUUACUACCAGAACACGGAUGACAUGGGUUUCGGCGACCAGCCCGGCGGCACACCCGACCGCAUCGGCGGAAAGUGGCAGCUUCGUCGUGUGGCUUCUGUUGUGGUGAACGGCAACGAGCAGCAGGUUGAGACGCUUUUCCAGCGUGACAGCCACAAGGGCAUUAUCUUGUCUACGCCCUUGCAGCUGACUCUGGAGAAGAACGCGAACAACACCAUCACCAUCGGUGGGUUGUGGAACGGCUUUGACUUUAAGGGUGCUGAUAUCGAUCGUAUCGUCGUGUACCCUCCCGAGGGCGGCCCGGUCAAGUGCAAGAGGGGCAUUGAGAAUGUCGAAUAA